AUUAUAAUCAUACAUGAGGUGCGAAGUAAAGCGACAGAGAGAGAGAGAGACAGACCUCGGUAUCUGUGUCUGCGGACUUCAGUGUGUACAUAUCCGACUCUGGCUUUCUGCCCUCCCUCCCUCUCCCUAGAAGCUAAUACUUAUAUUAGCUUCGAUUCGCUGUGCUUCUGCGGUGCUCGCAUAAGGGGACAAGGGAACGAGCUGGCCGCCUGCCCCUUAUACCCGCAUUCGAGAAGCCAUGUCCGAGCAGAGCAUCCAACAUUCUUGGAGCUUCCCCUACCAUGAAGAGCCUCAACACGGAUUUUGGGGCGAGAAGACCUCCACGUUGAAUUUCUGUGAGGAGGACUACGUGAUAAGUUAUUACUGCGCUGAAGUUUGCAAUACUAUAACCAAUGCCCUCUUCGUAUGGCUAGGCUACAAGGGCAUUCGAGGAUGCCUCGUGCACGCGCACCCUCCUAUCUUCAUUGUGACUUUUGCCGGGUACCUGGUGGUUGGCCUAGGAUCCACCUUCUUCCACGCCUCUCUCAAGUACCCGAUGCAGCUUGUGGAUGAGCUCGCCAUGAUCUACACGACUUGUUUCAUGUGCUUUGCUACGUUUACCUACGGCAGGUCUGCCCGCCUCGCGUCCUGCCUCGGCGCCGGCCUCGUCGGCCUCGCGUGGUUCAUCACAGCAAGGUAUUACGCGACCAAGGAUCCCAAGUUCCACCAGGAUGCCUACGCGGUCCUGACUGCCACCGUGGUGUUUUCUAACAUAUGGAUCAUGGAGCGACGGCUGAGGCCAGCCCUGAGAGCGAGGGAGACGGGCCGAGGAAGGGCUCGCUCUCCGAAGUUGCCGACGACCGACGAGGUGAUAGGCCGCAUGUGGGUCAUGGUGGUGACAGGCCUCAGUAUAUUCCUAGGUGGCUACCUCAUCUGGAACUUGGACAACGUAUACUGCAACACCAUUCGAAAAUGGAGACGUCAACUCGGGCUCCCGUGGGCCGUGGUACUCGAAGGGCAUGCUUGGUGGCACCUCAUGACCGGAAUCGGCGCGUACUUCUACAUCGUCUGGCGCAUUUGGAUCCAUCGCUGCCUGGAUGGCGACGAAGAGAAAUAUCGACUCGACUGGCCUCGGAUGGCCAAGAUGCCGGAAGUGGUCGCCGUAGACAGUGCCGGUGCCGCGUUAGCAGACAAGAAAAAUUAGCGACGUACCUAGGUAGCUAGGUAUACCUGCCUCUGCGCUGCGAGCACAAGCCAGGCGGAUCGCUUCGACAAUGCCUACGUGUGUAGGUAUGCAGGGCGAUAGAGGAGCAUUCAAGACAAGACUGAGAGAGGCCAGAAGCGGAGUGGAAGAGGAGAGAGGGCCAGCCGACCAGUUGCUGCCGUAGGUACAUGGACGCCUCUGCGUAAGGUGCAGCGGAUAGGUGCUUAUACCUACUGGCCCACCGCUUAUACGCAUAUGCGAGUUUGAAUUAGGAGGUACCAACAUACCUACCUACCAACCUACUAGGCGUCUAAUCUGUAUACUACGUAGCAGCAGGAAAUGGAAAGGCAUAUGUGCGCUUUAUAUAACCCGUCGCUUGAUUGAUAGCCAAUUCUGCC